GGUGGUGGGCAGGGCAAACAGGCAUCAUUAAUCAAUCCACAAUCACGCUGAUUAUUCGAUGUGCCACUAGUGCAGUCUGGUUAUCAUGGCGGCGGCGGUUGAGAGUUCCACCCAGUUCCAGGAGGUGCUGGAAAGAGCGAAGAGGUCAUUAGUCGUGGUUCAUUUUUGGGCAUCAUGGGCUCAACAGUGUUUGCAUAUGAAUGAAGUCAUCACCGAACUGUCCAAAGAAUAUCCACAUGUUAUAUUUGUAAAGCUUGAAGCUGAAUCUGUUCCAGAAGUAUCUGAAAAAUACGAAAUUAGUUCAGUGCCUACAUUCUUGUUUUUUAAGAAUUGUCAGAGGAUUGACCAAGUAGAUGGUGCCCGUGCUUCUGAGUUAACUAAAAAAGUGCAGCAGCACAGUGAGAUUACCAAGCAAGACUUGAAUGAACAAUUGGGGAAACUUCUAAAUUCCGCACCUUGUAUGUUAUUUAUGAAGGGAACUCCUCAAGAACCUCGAUGUGGCUUCAGCAAGAAGAUUGUGGAAAUUCUCAAUGAGCAUAAUAUUCGUUUUUGUAGCUUUGAUAUUCUUUCUGAUGAAGAUGUGCGUCAGGGCCUAAAAGUUUAUUCUAACUGGCCUACAUAUCCUCAACUGUAUGUGAAUGGAGAACUGGUUGGAGGACUUGAUAUUGUAAAGGAGCUAGCUGAGACUGGUGAACUGGAAAAAACUUGUUACACGGAAAUGCGAUUGGAAGAUAGGUUGAAAGCACUGAUUAAUAAGUCAAAAGUCGUCCUGUUUAUGAAAGGAAACAAAGCAUUGGCAAAAUGUGGAUUCAGCCGCACUAUUGUGGGAAUACUGAAUGAAACUGGAGUUGAAUAUGAAACGUUUGACAUUUUGGAAGAUGAAGAAGUAAGUUCUGUGUUUUAAGUUAUUGUAUGUGAAGUGAACAAUUGUGGAUUUGUGUUCUUGCUAAGUUCUGUGAUCCCCUCUGAUUGGAAUGCUGCUGUUUUGUGG